CGCCAUGGGGGCCGUGCUGGGGGUCUGCUCUCUGGCCAGCUGGAUUCCGUGUCUAUGCAGUGGUGCAUCAUGUCUGCUGUGUCGAUGCUGUCCCAACAGCAAGAAUUCUACGGUGACACGUCUUAUUUAUGCCUUCCUGCUUCUCCUGAGCACUCUUGUUGCUUGCAUCAUGCUAGCACCAGGCAUGGAAGAGCAGCUGAAAAAGGUGCCUGGAUUUUGUGAUGAUGGCCUUCACACUCGACUGCCACACAUAAAGGGUUUUGUUCACUGCGAAGCUUUGGUUGGAUACAGGGCAGUCUACCGCGUCAGUUUUGCCAUGGCUGUGUUUUUCUUCCUCUUCUCCCUGCUUAUGAUACAAGUGAAAUCGAGUAAAGAUCCGAGAGCUGCUGUGCAUAAUGGGUUUUGGUUCUUCAAGAUUGCUGCAGUUGUUGGCAUCAUGGUUGGAGCCUUCUACAUUCCAGAGGGGCCUUUCACAAGAGCAUGGUUUGCCAUUGGCACUGCUGGUGCCUUCUGCUUCAUUCUCAUCCAGCUAGUACUGCUGGUAGAUUUUGCUCAUUCCUGGAAUGAAUCCUGGGUGGAAAAAAUGGAUGAGGGAAAUGCCAAGUGCUGGUAUGCUGCUCUGCUGUCGUGUACCGGCUUAAACUACAUCCUGUCUCUCAUUGCUGUUGUGCUGUUCUACGUCUUCUACACAAAGUCUGAUGGCUGCCCUGAAAACAAGUUUUUCAUCAGCUUUAAUAUGAUCCUCUGCAUUGCCGUCUCCAUCAUCUCCAUCCUCCCCAAGGUCCAGGAACACCAGCCCCGUUCGGGCCUUCUCCAGUCCUCCAUCAUUACACUGUACACCAUGUACCUCACUUGGUCAGCUAUGUCCAAUGAGCCUGAUCGCAGCUGUAACCCGAGCCUGUUGAACCUCAUCAGCCAAAUAGCCGCCCCUACUGCUGGCCCAGCAAAUGCCACUACUGUUCCUUCUCCGACGCCUGCGCCUCAAAAGUCCUUGCAGUGGUGGGAUGCGCAAAGCAUUGUGGGGCUCACCAUCUUUGUGCUUUGUCUCUUGUACUCCAGUAUCCGAUCCUCUAGCAACAGCCAGGUGAACAAGCUGACCCUGUCUGCAAGUGACAGUGUCAUCCUGGAUGAUGCCACGGGUACUGCCGGUGACGUCGAAGAUGGAGAAGUUCGGCGCGUCGCAGACAAUGAAAAGGAUGGCGUCCAGUACAGCUAUGCCUUUUUCCACUUCAUGCUGUUUCUUGCCUCCUUGUAUAUCAUGAUGACUCUCACCAAUUGGUACAGCCCUGAUGCUGACUUCAAAACUAUGACAAGCAAGUGGCCAGCUGUGUGGGUGAAGAUCUCCUCGAGCUGGGUCUGUCUUGCCCUUUAUGUCUGGACCUUGGUAGCGCCUCUUGUCCUUACCAGUCGGGACUUCAAUUGAAAGACAGGAUGGAAACGAAGCUCCUCUCUGCUGAAA